AUGAACUCGAUCAUAUGGAGUACGAGCACGACCUUCUUCAUUUUGCUCCUUUGGGAGAACAUUCAAGUCAGGGAACUUUCUUACGCCAUGAUCUCUUGCGUGAGUCCAUUGGCCCUUUCUAGGCUGGGACGGGCUUCCGUGCUACGGGCUGCUAAAUGUGGAAUGCGGCGAGUAUCUUCUCAGAGCGAGGCAAGCUCCAGAUCAUCUCACACCACCACCCAAAGCAGAACAAUCCUCACCGAGGAGCAAAGACGCUUUCUAGAUAGCGCGCUCCGUGUCAAUCAAGCAGGAGAGCUUGCAGCUACGCUGAUCUACACCGCCCAAACGCCUCCGGUUGUAAAAGCGCAUCCCCAUCUGCGGCCUCUGAUGAAGCAUAUGUACGAUCAGGAGGCUGGUCAUUUUAAAACCUUUAAUGAACUGCUAGCGAAGCAUCGGAUCCGGCCGACUGCGAUGUAUCCCGUGUGGCAGGCUGCGGCCACCAUCCUCGGCUGGACAACAGGAGUGAUGGGAAGGGAAGCUGCAAUGGCUUGUACUGAAGCUGUCGAGACGGAAAUUGGCGACCAUUAUAAUGGACAGGUUAGGGAGAUGUUCAAGUGGAUGCAAGACUUGCAAGAGAAAGGAGAAGAGCUCGACCCUGAGUUGAAAGUUUUGAUUGAUGAUAUCAAGAGAAUUCGUGAUGAAGAGCUGGAGCAUCUGGAUUACGCCGUGGAAAACGACGCAAAAGAAGCCCAACCUUACCAACCGUUGACCGAUGUCAUUCGAUAUGGCUGUAAGGGUGCAAUUUGGAUCAGUGAAAGGAUAUGA